AUGGAGCUGGAAGUGGCCGGCUUGGGAAAGGAGGAGCUCAAACCGAUCGUUUCCGAGGCCGGCGGCACGGUGAAAGCUGCUGCCGUUGCGCGCAUGUACAAGGGCAACGACGACGGCAGCUGGCACUACACGGGAGCUUGGGGCGCCAUGGGAUUGGUAUCACCACCACCAACCUUCGCUAUCCGCCCGGGCGGCAAACUGGACACUCACCACGCCAUUCUAUCCGCAUACAAGGUGUAUGUCAAGAACGAGAUGGCGUACCACUUGCGGUUGAUCGACCUGAAGACCAAGCAGUUGGCAUGGACGCAGGAGCUCUACUACGAGUUCCAGUACGACUGCAGCAACGUCAGUUUCCACUUCUUCGAGUCCAACGACACUGUCAUCGGACUGGCCUUUGCGCACGAAGGCGACGCCCAAAGACUAGCCAAGGCCUCCUUGCGCCUUUGUCUCACCCCGGACGCCGGUCCUUUGGCCCAGGUGCUCGAUCACUCGCCAUCGCGUGAAAAGCUGGCCGCCAUUGCCAGCCAGUUCAGGGCGGCGGGAGGCAUUGCCGAGGUGUCGUCGCCCCACACAGAGCCGCCGCCACUGAAGCCAGAGGGCAAGCGAAAGUCGGGCAUUCUGUCGCGUUUGAUCAAGAAGAAGGAGCCCACCAACAAGACGAUCUCCGUCAUCUCUGGGCCGACGAACGUUAAACACGAGGUCCAUCUCGGCUGGGAUGCGCGCGACGGCUUCAAAGUGCGAAACAUUCCGCUCGAGUGGAAGAAGCUCUUCCAGGCUGCCGGCGUGAAGAAGAGCGAUCUCAAGGACGCGGACACGGCCAAGUUCCUGAUUGAGACUGUGGCACACACUCGCCAAACGCUGCGAGGCCAGGCCCACGCUCCGACCCAGUUCGGCUCGCCCCAGGCGGUCCGGCGCGAAACCGCAGCAGGCGCCGGCGGACCGACGACCGCCCCGGAAGCGGCCCCCGCACCUCCACCGCCGGUGCCGCCGCCUCCGGCCCCACCGGCGCCCAUAGCUGGCGGCUUGGCUGCCGCGCUGCAGGCCCGUCUGAAGAAGAGCGACAAGCCGACCGACAGCGCGACUUCGCAAUACGUCAAGAACCUUCCCAUCCCGGACUUGGUGGACAUGGACGAAAAGGAGGGCGCCGACUUGGCUGUCAUCCUUGCCACGGCCAUGCAGGCACGUCGCGGUGUGCUUCGCCAGGACUCAGACGAAGAGGUGGAGGUGGAAGACGAAGAGUGGACAACUGAUGAAGAGAUGGACUUUUGA